AUGGAGCAGCUAGAGCGGCUCAGCCUCGUUUCACGCAUUGCAACAGAGUUGCACAACCAUUGGGGGAUUAGCGACAAGGAUUUGGCAGAGUUCGUCCUACACUUGGGAGAAGAGUCACAGUCUCUGGAGGAGUUCCGGGCCAAGCUGAAGGCAAACGGCUCCGCGGUGACUCAGGCUCUCGCUGUCAGUCUGUACACAUCGAUUUCAAAGUUUGUAGCGAAAAGCAAAAAAGCAAAAGCAGCAGCAGCGAGUGGCAGUACCAGUAGCGGCAGCAGCGGGAUAGGCGCCAAGAACGGUGUCUCGCCGUCUCCAGUGAAAGACUCCAAAGAUGAACAAGUUUCUCCCCCCGGCAGCAGCACUAACGGCAGCAAGCCUCUGCCAGCCUCAGCUUUUUCAGUUUCGCAGCAUCCACCUACAGAGAAGGAGUUAAAGUUUCCAGGUCUCUGCAUGCAGAACAGAUUCGACAGGCCUGAGCUGCAGCUGGCGCGGCCCGACGACCACGCCCCUCUUUCUGCUGCAGCGCAGCGACUGCUGGAGCAGGAGAAGGACGAUAAGGAACUGAUGCGAGAACAGCAGGAAGCCUUUAAAAGGGCCAAGGACGGGUACUGGGGAGGAGAUCACAACAGCAGCAGCAAGGGCGGCAUAAGCGCGACAGGCGCGAACGCGUUGCCUAUUGGAGGGGCCUCAGGCGCAGCAGGAACAGCGGCUGCAGCAACAGGUGCAGCAGAUGAAAACCUGAACUUCUGCGGGAAGAGAGGGGCCCCCUUAGAAAGGUAUGGGAUAUAUGACGGGGUUGUUUCCAGGGUCAUGGAGUACGGAGCCUUCGUGCAACUGGACUUGGCGGAGGGCAGAAGAGAAGGGCUGCUUCAUGUGGCCGACAUGAGCAGGCCCGACGGAGGCCCGUGUGUCAGCGCUGAUGCCGUCCGAAAGGGCCAAGUGGUGAAGGUGAAGGUGCAUGCAAUCGCUGGCACUCGUCUGUCGCUGACAAUGAGAGAGGUGGAUCAGGCGACAGGCAGAGACCUCAAGCCGAGGAACCUUCAGGGCGGCACUUCUUCUUCGCGUGCCGCGCUGUUUGAAUCCCUUGCCGAGGAGCACGCGCAGGCCUUGGAGAAGAAGGGCCUUGGUCGGAUAACGGGGGUUAAAAUUAACCUGGACUCCACAGAAGAAGAGACCGCAUACUCCAGAAAGAGGAAGCUGAUGUCGGACUACGACAAGUGGGAGGCCCAGCAGCUGCAGCGCAGCGGCCUUGUGAGCAGUAAAGAAAACCCGUAUUACGAUGAAGAGGCAGGGGGAAUCUUGCCAGUACAGGAGGCCGAGGAGGACGUAGAGAUCGAAGUGGUGGACGAGGAACCACUGUUCCUAAGAGGCCAAACCACCAGAGCAGGCAUGCAAUUGUCCCCAGUAAAGAUUGUAGCGAAUCCGGAUGGUUCUCUGGCCAGAGCCGCAGCGACUGCGCAGACCCUUGCGAAGGAGAGGAGAGAUGUCAGACAAGCACAGGAGGCCGCCAUUCUGGACUCCAUCCCCAAAGAUAUGUCAAGGCCGUGGGAGGACCCGAACCCUCAGCCGGGUGAAAGAACCAUUGCGCAGGCACUCCAAGGACUGGGGCAGACAGGUUACGAAAUGCCCGAAUGGAAAAAGCUGUACUUGGGGAAGAACGUUUCCUUUGGGAUCAAGAGUACUUUGUCUAUUGCGGAGCAGCGUCGCUCCCUGCCAAUCUACAAAUUGAAGGAGCAGCUACUAAAGGCUAUUAUGGGAAAUCAAGUCCUGAUUGUCAUUGGAGAGACAGGCAGUGGUAAAACGACGCAGAUGACCCAGUACAUGGCAGAAGCGGGUCUUGUCACCCCUGGGAGGCUUAUUGGAUGCACUCAACCGAGAAGGGUUGCCGCAAUGAGCGUUGCGAAGAGAGUGGCAGAAGAGUUCGGUUGCAGACUUGGGCAAGAAGUGGGUUAUUCGAUUCGUUUUGAAGACUGCACUUCACCGGACACCAUAAUUAAAUACAUGACCGACGGUCUGCUGCUUCGAGAGGCGCUGGUCGACCCCAGGCUGCAGAGAUAUUCCGUGGUGAUGCUUGACGAAGCUCACGAGCGCACAAUCAGCACUGAUGUUCUCUUUGGUCUUCUGAAGGAGUGCUGCAGGCAGCGACCAGACUUCAAGCUGAUCGUGACGUCUGCAACGUUGGACGCUGAGAAGUUUUCAAACUAUUUUUUCAACUCCAGCAUCUUCACGAUCCCAGGGCGCACGUUCCCUGUGGAAAUUCUAUACACAAAGGAACCAGAGACGGACUACGUGGAAGCGGCGUUGAUUACUGUCCUCCAGAUUCACCUUUGCGAGCCCCCUGGGGACAUACUGCUGUUUCUUACUGGCCAGGAGGAAAUUGACACCACUUGUCAAACCCUCCAUGAACGCAUGCAGAGACUGGAAUCCGCUAAUCCCCCUCCCCUUAUCAUUUUGCCAGUUUAUUCCGCCCUUCCUUCUGAAGUUCAGACUAUGAUCUUUGACCCUGCACCCCCCGGCUGCAGGAAAUGCGUUGUUGCUACAAACAUUGCGGAGGCGUCCCUUACCAUUGACGGGAUAUAUUUUGUGAUUGACCCGGGGUUCGCAAAAGUGAAAAUGUAUAACCCCAAGUCUGGGAUGGAUGCGUUGACAGUUGCCCCCAUUAGCCAGGCAAAUGCUCGGCAGCGUGCGGGUCGUGCUGGCCGCACAGGGCCCGGGAAGUGCUACCGGCUGUACACAGAAGCUGCAUACCGUUGCGAGAUGCUGCCAACGGCAGUGCCUGAAAUUCAACGAACGAAUCUGGAAAACACAGUGUUGUUGCUGAAGGCUAUGGGAGUGAAUGAUCUCCUAAACUUUGACUUCAUGGACCCUCCCCCCGUGCAGACUUUAAUCAAUUCAUUAGAAACCCUGUUCGAGCUGGGAGCCCUCGACGAUGAGGGCCUCCUCACCAAGCUCGGCAGGAAAAUGGCUGAAUUUCCCAUGGAGCCGCAGCUCAGCAAGAUGCUGCUUACUUCUGUUGACUUGAAGUGCAGUGACGAGAUCAUCACCAUUGUUGCCAUGCUUUCGGUUCAAAACGUGUUCUACAGACCGAAGGACCGGCAGGCGUUGGCUGACCAGAAGAAAAGUGGUUUUCAUCAGCCCGAAGGGGACCACAUCACUUACUUGGAGCUUUAUCGUGCAUGGCAGCGAAACCGUUUCAGCAACGCUUGGUGCUAUGAGAAUUUUAUACAGCACCGCGCAUUGCGAAGGGCCCAGGAUGUGAGAAAGCAGCUUAUAUCUAUUAUGGACAGAUACAAACUUGACAUCAUAUCUGCGGGAAAGGACUACAAGCGAAUCUGCCGCUGCAUAUGCGCUGGUUUCUUCCGUCAUGCUUGCCGGGUGGAUCCUCAAGAGGGAUAUCGAACCCUUGUAGACCAUCAGCAAGUGUUCAUGCACCCGUCGAGUGCCUUGUACAACAGGAACCCCGAGUGGCUGGUUUACCAUGAGCUUGUCUUGACGACGAAGGAGUACUUGCGAGACUGCUGCACCAUAGAACCCCUCUGGCUGUGCGACGUCGCUCCAAAGCUCUUCAAGCCUGCAGACCAACAGCGGCUCUCUCGCCGGAAGAUGCGGGAGCGUAUCGAACCUCUUUACAACAGGUUCGAGGAGCCCAACGCUUGGAGACUUUCUCGCAGACAGGGCAAGAGGUAA